UCGUGGCUCUCAUUCACCUUAAAAUCAGUACGUUUUUGCCGUGCAAGCUUUGUUUGGCCUGGCAGAAUUUGGUCAGAUAUUCUUUUAGUUAUAUAUUAGAUAAAACAUGCAAACAUUUCCUAUGUACAAUAUUUCUCCACCGAUUCAUGAUAAUCAUAAAAUCUAAAAUAUACCCGCUUGAAUUCAACCCCGAUUAUCUCAAACCCCUCUUUCAAGUUCCCAAUUUGAACCAUUUAUAGUAAUAAAUUCUCCCUUCUUCAUCUUCUUCAUAUCUGUUAAUUUCCCGCCAUGGCAGCAGUUUUCAGAGCCAAACCAUCAAAAGAAACAGCUUUCUAUCAAUUCAGAUACUUCAUAUUCAAUUACAUGCACGCUGGUGGUGCCAUCAUGUCUACCUCUACCUCUUACUGUACCCACCGUAAUAAAUGGGACGAUCAUUUCUCUAACACUCCUUAUCACUUCACUUCUUUUAAGCCUGUGUCUUUGCGUGGUGAAUUCAUUGAAAAGGGUAAUCAGUUAUUGGAUAAUAAGAGAAAUUGGAGCGAGAAAUUGAAAAAUAGUAGUGGUGGUGGGUCUAACUAUGGGGACCCACCAGAGGUGUGGCAGCCACCGGGAGAUGGGAUUGCAACGGUUAGAGUAAGUGAAGUCCGUGGUGGUGAAGGUAGAGGUGGGCCCGGGUCGAAUUCGAAGGAUGGAUGUUGGGGUGGAUCUGAUUUGGGUAAUAAUUUUCCAACUCCAAAGGAGAUAUGCAGGGGACUUGAUAAAUUUGUUAUUGGACAAGAUAGGGCUAAAAAGGUGCUUUCUGUCGCAGUUUACAAUCACUAUAAGAGGAUCUACCACGAUUCCAUUCAGAAAUGGUCUGCAGGAGAUUCGGGGAACAACAAAGCAGAAGCUAUGGAUGAGGAUGGAGUAGAACUUGAGAAAAGUAACAUUCUUCUAAUGGGACCAACAGGCUCAGGGAAGACAUUACUUGCCAAAACCUUGGCACGCUUUGUGAACGUUCCCUUUGUAAUUGCUGAUGCAACAACCUUGACUCAGGCAGGAUAUGUUGGGGAAGAUGUGGAGUCCAUAUUGUACAAGCUACUCAUGGCUGCUGACUAUAAUGUGGCAGCUGCCCAGCAGGGCAUCGUAUACAUCGAUGAAGUCGACAAGAUCACUAAAAAGGCUGAGAGCGUUAACAUUAGUAGAGAUGUCUCAGGUGAGGGUGUUCAGCAAGCAUUACUAAAAAUGCUUGAAGGAACGGUUGUCAAUGUGCCAGAGAAGGGAGCUCGAAAACAUCCUAGAGGUGACAAUAUUCAGAUUGAUACAAAGGAUAUUCUCUUCAUAUGUGGAGGUGCCUUUAUCGACUUGGAGAAGACUAUUUCGGAGAGGCGCCAAGACUCUUCUAUUGGGUUUGGUGCACCAGUACGUGCAAACAUGAGAAUGGGUAGUGUUACUAGUGCUGCUGUGACAUCAUCUUUAUUGGAGACUGUUGAAAGUGGUGAUCUUAUUUCAUAUGGUUUGAUACCUGAAUUCGUGGGAAGAUUUCCUGUCCUUGUGAGUUUGUCAGCUCUUACAGAGAAUCAACUUGUGCAGGUUCUGACAGAGCCAAAAAAUGCCCUUGGAAAGCAAUAUAAGAAGAUGUUUCAAAUGAACGGUGUUAGGCUACACUUCACAGAAAAUGCUUUGAGAUUAAUUGCUAAAAAAGCAAUAACCAAAAAUACUGGGGCGCGAGGGUUGCGGGCCAUACUAGAAAAUAUCUUGAUGGAUGCCAUGUAUGAGAUUCCUGAUGUUAAAACAGGAGAAGAUAUUAUAGAUGCUGUUGUAGUUGAUGAAGAGGCAGUAGGAACUGAGGGAUGUGGAACAGGAGGCAGGAUCCUCUAUGGUAAAGGUGCAUUGGAUCGUUAUCUUGCUGAAAACAAAUUAAAGGAUUCAGAGAGAACUGUGGACGGGACUGAUGGAGAUCCAGAGGUGGAAACAGAGCUUUCUUCCAUAGUGGCUAGCAUGUAAUUUUAUUGUAGUCAAAUUCAUGUACAUAGUAGUCCAUAUUAGAUUAAUAAAUUUUAAAAAUGCAAUCCUAGUGCAUUCAUUCCACGAAAUUGUGCAGUACUUGAUUCAAUGGAGCUGCAGUCAAGGUAAUGUAAUUGUACAUUUUUUAAUCAUGCGGCAGCCUUACCGAUGAUUA